AUGUUGCUCACCUUCGCGACAUCGGCAUCCGCACAGCAGUUUGUGGACAUGUUCCGGACAUCGGCAGAGUCGCUACCCGUUCAACUUAAGGUGAAAGAGGACAAGCGAGAUUCCAUCAACCGCGGUUUAAUCACAGCUCUCGGUCUUGGUGCCUCUCGAAAAAUUGUGGUCGAAAUGGAUCAGGGUCACCUACGGGAUUGGGACGAACACGUGAAAGCCUACGGAGCUGUAAGACGACUUUCGGCACAUUGGUCAGCUGUGUCAUCUCGGGGCGAGGCGACCUACGAAUUUGAUAGUCUGUUCAAAGCAAUGAGGGCUAUCUUUGUUCUAGCGAAGGGCGGAAAACGCUUGCCUCAGUUUCGGGGCGUCCGGCUCAAUUUUUAUGGUGCCAAGCAUCUAGAUCCUGUCGAAAUAAUGUGUCGGCGGUGACAAACUGGCGACACAAUUUAUUUGAGGAGCGCUCUUGGAAAUGUGAUCGUCGAGACCCAGGCUUCACAGCUUUAAAUUGACAGCUUCGUUGCGAGGAAGGUCAGGUUACAGUUGCCACUAAGUGUCCUCGCCUUGCAGGAUAUACAACAUGUUUGAUAUACUUGCAAAAGAGAGAAAUGCAAGUAUAUAUUGUCUUCUGUCUGAAAUAAGGCAUGAUGUUUUGAAGCAGACUUCUCAGACUCACAAACCGAAGACGGUACUAAUCGAUACCUCCAUGGCAUGAAAGCAGGGAAUUGCACACUACUUGGAAAUCUGCCACCUCUCUCUGAAACAGAUCCUGGC